AUGGCGUCCUACCGCCCCAUGGCUACGCCGCCCUCCCAGGACGCCAUGCUCGAUGGCUUCCUCGCCACUCGCCGCCGCGAUGGCCCCUACGUCGGCCUGGGCUAUUACAAUCUCGAAGCGGAAAUGCCUCUGCUUCUCAACCCGACUGGCGCGCCCGUCCCUUGCAUGGAGCCGCCCGAAGAGUUCGAGGCCGUCAACGCCCACUUUUCGGCCUAA